AUGCCGGCUUACUUACGACUUUGUAUCAUUACUGCAUUAAUAUACUUAAAUCGCAUACAAGCAUACAAUAUAUUAGCUGUUCUACCAUAUCCAGGGAGAAGCCAUCAUGGUGCAUUCCUGCCCUUUUUUAAAGAACUGGCCCGAAGAGGUAACAACGUUACCCUUAUAUCUCAUUAUCCACAAGAAACGCCUUUAAAAAACUUAAACGAAAUUAUACUGUCUGAAAAGAAGGAGUUUCAAAACUGGGUUCCAGUCACUAGUCCAUCAUAUUUAACGGUGUUCGUGGCUGGAGUCGUGUUAGUGUAUACAGGAGGGGCAUCCUGCAAGACACUACUAGACAAUCAAGGCGUUCAAGAUCUUUGGAAAAAUCGAGCGAAAUUCGAUGUUGUUAUCGUCGAACAAUUCAACAGUGAUUGUGGUUUGGGACUGGCUUACGAACUUGGUGCUCCAGUAGUGGGAAUAACAGCAAAUUCCUUAAUGCCACAGCAUUAUAAACGCUACGGAGUACCAGAUAACCCCUCUUAUACUAGAAAUCAGGUGCUGGGCGGCAGAACAAGGGCAACGUUAUACGAGAGAGUGGAAAGAACGUUAAUCGGUAUUUACAUCAACUAUAUGGUAGACUUUGCGAGUCAGUUCCUUGAUGAAUACUAUUUAAGACAGUAUUUCCCUAAUAUUCCACCAAUAAAGGAGUUAGAAAAGAACAUAAAAUUCCUUCUUCUAUACCAGCAUUUUGUUUUGAAUAGUGUACUGCUUCUACCUUCAAACGUUAUAGAAGUAGCUGGUCAUCAUGUACUCGAACCAAAGACUUUACCAAAAGACUUAAAACAAUUCAUAGAAGAAUCCAAACAAGGUGUGAUUUAUGUAAGUUUCGGGUCAAUGAUAAAGGCUACUUCCUUAUCCAAAUAUAAUUUACAAGCUAUUUUGGACGUGUUAGAACAGCUACCACAAAGAGUUAUAUGGAAAUGGGAUACUGAUAAUUUACCGUUUGAAAUGGAUAAGAUAUAUUCGUCUAAAUGGUUGCCUCAAAAUGAUAUAUUAGCUCACCCAAACGUGGUAGCAUUCUUUUCCCACUGUGGACAAGUUGGUAUAACUGAAGCAAUUCACUAUGGAGUACCGGUAUUAGGAAUACCCAUGUUCGGAGACCAGAUCUCCAAUGCUGCAGCCGUUGAGGAAAGCGGACUCGGGGUACAGACUGCCCUUAAUGAGUUGACCAAAGAGAAUCUUAUGAAGAAGUUUAAAACUAUACUGGAUCCCGAUUUCAGAAGCAACGUGAAGACAUUAUCAAGGAUGUACCGAGAUAGGCCAGUUUCGUCUCUCAACGCCUCUGUAUUUUGGACGGAAUUUGUCGCUCGUUAUCCGAACGCAACAUUUAGAAGUCCCAUUUUAAGCGUCCCAUUAUAUCAGUAUUACUGCUUUGACGUUUUAGGCGUGUUUAUAUUGCUAUUAUUAUUUAUUUUUCUGCUUUUAAAAACCAUAAUACGAUGUAUUAUUCGUUACAUUUCCUAUCGAUUAAGGAGGAAACCGAAAAAUAAAAUUCAGUGA